CACGUGAUUCAACUACAACACACUGUCCGUCUUGUGAUACUUCUAGAGGAAGAUGGCCGGCACAAAGAAACUGGAUCUUUCAGCUGCAUUGGAAAACAAACCAAAGACUAGGAAAUUGCUUGAAAGUUUGCAGCAAGAAGCAUCAUCAAUGACAAGCUAUGCUUCAUCGUUGGCGUCGUCUUUCCAGGCUGUUGUUGACGCCCAAAAUGCGAUGUGUAGAGCGACAGAGGGUCUGGCGCAGCAGCUUGACCAAUACAAAGAACAAAGCUGUGCUGAGGACUUUGUGGCAGAAUCAGUGGUGAAACUGGGAGAAAGUGUGCAGCAACUGAAGACUUGGCAAGAAAUGCUGGCUACUCAAAUGGACCAGGCUAUGGUUCGUUCUGUGACCGAUUUCAUCAACAACGAUCUCUUGGAGAUGAACAGGCAACGGGAAUUGUUCGAUCUAGCUAGUCAAGAUCAUGAUAGUGCCAUGGUCAAAUACAGCAAGACUUCGAAGCGAAGAGAGACAGAUAAGGCAAGAUUUGAAGCAAAUGCUGAACUGUACAUGGCUCGCAAAAAAUUUCACGAAGUUGCACUACAGUACUACAGUGCAAUGAAUGCACUUCAACACAAGAAGAAGCUGGCUAUAUUAAAUCCACUUAUGAACUUUAUGCAUGCUCAGCUCUCAUACUUUAAAAUGGGUCACGAGAUCCUGACAGAUGAAAUGUCAAGAUUCCUCACAACUGUCACAAUAGAAGUCAACAAAUUGCAAGGUGACCAUGACAGCGAAAAGAAACGUCUUGCAGCAACACGGGAAAAAUUAGAAAAAGAGUAUGCAUCAAGAUACAACCCUGACCCAGACCCCACGGAUCCUUUUGUAACAUAUGAGCCACCCAAUUUGAAGUUGAAAGAAAAGGCAGGCCACCUAUUCACUAAGGGGAAUAAGUCAGGGCAAAAUAAAGGCUGGGAGAGAUUGUACUUCUUCACACACAGUGGUUCUCUUAAGUCUCAACAAGCAACAGAGGAUGCAGAAGAUGUCUUACGACUGGAUGGCGCAGUGGCAUCUCUUUGUGACGUGGACGAUCGAAGAUACGUUUUCCAGGUUGUCUCAAAAAGUCAACCUAAGCCUGUUUACCUUCAAGCAGAAAAUCAAAAGACAUGUGAAGAGUGGAUUGCAGCUAUUCACAACAUUGCUGCAGAGCUGCAUGAGCUUGCUGUGACUACUCAAAUGCUCAGUCAACCCAUAGGCAAUCAAACAGGUGUUGUGAGAGAAGAGAGGAUGAGGAUCAAGAAUUGGGUUGAUGAACAAACAAAAGAAGCUCAACAGCAACAACAGCGUACGUCACAGAAGAAAGAAAGCAAUAGAGAGGCAAUGAUGCAGCCACCAUUUUCAUUUUUACAAACUGAAGCAACAGCUCAGGAAGGCACAGGGAGAGUCAAUCCAUUCAAUUCAACCCCGGCUACUGAUGGCAAGGUUCAAUUUUCCCAAGUUUAUACGGUUCGUUUCCUUGGAUCCACCGAAGUUCAGAAGAGCAAAGGAGUCAGUGUCGUAUAUGAUACCAUGAGGCGUGUGAUGCAAGCACGUGCUGUCCACGGUGUGUUUAAAAUGGUUGAAUCAAUGAUGGUCAUCACCACUGGUGGCAUCAAGCUAAUGGAACCUACAACACAUGAAGUUAAGACUGAUUUUCGCAUGAGAGAUGUAUCCUUUUGUGCAUCUCAUACUGAAAAUCAAAGACUGCUUGGGUUCAUCACCAGGUCCAGUGCCAAACACGCAUGCCAUAUCUUUGAAUGUGACAAGUCUGCUAAAGAGAUUUGUGAUUCCAUUUCUUGUGCAAUGCAAAUUGCAUAUGAACAGUAUGUACAACGUCAGGGACAUGUUCAUCAGACCAGGGAAGGUCAACAACAUCAACAAGAAGCAGCUCAGCAACAUACCCGACAGUCUAUGGGCAAGAAAGGUAAGGAUAAAAAGGCGGCUCUACAGUCUUUUCAUCAACAGCCAAUGGGCAGACAUGGUCAGAUAGAUGCCAUAGCAGCACAGAAUUCAUGGAGUAACAGUCCUCAUGGCUCGAUCAAAUCUGACAGACGGGUUAAUGCUAUCCAUCAAGCUGGUGAUCUGCAACAGGUGCAAGGGUCUUCUUCAGCUGGAGUAGGAGACUCACCACCAAAAUCUGAACCUCUUAUUCAACUUGGCGAACAACAACCAAUGUCAAGCAACAUUCAAGGUGGUGGUAGACAACCACCGGGAGACUCACUGGGGAUGUUUAACCCUUUCUUCCAAGACAACCAAUCUGGAGCACAAUUUACCAACCCCACAGCUGCAUUUGCAACAAGACCAACAAGGGCGGCUUCUAAUACAUUAGAGAUUGACCCUUUGUUGGUUCCUACAUCAACACCAGUUGAUCAGUCAAUUUUAACAUCAGGGGAAAGUUCAGGUUUUGAUAUGGAUCUUGUAGCUGCUCUAAACCAGGCAUCCUUUGGCAGUCCUCGUAGUCGCUUCAAUACUGAUUCACCAUCUACAACAACUCCACCUCAGGAAACAUGCCAAGAUGCAUUCAACAGUAUGAGUGGCCUGUCACAGAAAGUUAGAUUUGGUGAGACAGUUGGAAGUAGUGAGACAUCGUCAGCAUCAACAACGAGCAGCUCAUCACAUGCCAUGUCUCCUGCUUUACAAUUCACAGUAGACUCACUGGCUCGUCCAGCAACUUCAUUGCCGAGUGACAUGCUUAGCUCUGCAGUGAAUGCAGCCAUGCAGGUAGCCCAAGCAACAGCUGAAGUGUCAUUUCAGAAUGUCCAACUGGGUCAGGGAAACACCGAAGCUCCACCUCCAGGAGACAUGAAACAAGGAGACUCAGUAUCAUCUCUUCUCAGUGACUUGUCUGAGUAGUUCUAUGUUGUAUUUACACGUUAACAUGUUGUGACUGUUGAUGCAAUACCCAGGGAAUUAUUGAUAUACUAUAUGGUUUGCUUUCAUUACGUAGCUAUAUUUAAUAAUCAUUGUUUCCUAUUCCCUCUGUUGCAUUGUUGAAAUAAAACACUUCAUCUAGCUA